AUGGCGGCCCAUCCCGCCAUUUCGUCAGUGUUAUUUGCUCUCGGGCAAAAAGUUAGAACAUCCAACGUUGGCGGGGUCAUAUCCAAGGCGGACUUGCUUGACGUGAUCGUUGUAUUUUGCGAUUCGGAGGCAUCGGCUUCGAAUGCGGUUCAACGUACUCGUGAGGUGGUGCAACGUAGAGUGAAUCGUUGGUUGAAGACGAACUCUCCGGAAAGAGCCGGCUAUCUACACAUUGUCGACGGUCUCCGGGCACCGCUCUCUGUGGAGUAUUUUGGUCCUGAUGUUGUGGUGGAGGUGCUCCGGCAUUUCGGAGCCGUUAUCACAGAUGAGUCUCGAGGUGACUUUGUGCACAGGAUGCAAGGGAGUGACAGUGCCACAGGCGCGGGUGAAGAUGCUCCAGGUAGAUACCUCACGGUCCCUAGUACGGUGGCCCUGGCUUUGAGACGGAACUUGAGCAACGUGUCCUGUGCUGACCUGGGGUUGGUAAUUCUGGACGACGCUAGCAGGUGGAGUGUGUCUAGGUCAGAGGUAAGGGCUGGGGCAGCUGCCACGGCUUCAAUGCGUGAGUGGCAUGCAGGGAUGCUCCAGGAGAUGUUUCAUCCAGAUGGUGCAGAGGAUUUCAAUCUGUCUUUGCACAUCGUGUCCCAAGAUGCAACGAAUUCUGGAAUCUGGCAAAAGCGCAAGUUGAUUGCUCUUUUGUGUCAUUCUGCCUAUUUGGUGUCGUUGCCGUCCAAAUUCAGAUGGUCCUGGCAUGACAUGUUUCGCGAAAUUCGGACCAUUGCAGAUGUGCAACCAGUGGAAGAUGGACCAAAUGAAGUUCUUGCGCGCAAGAUAUGGCAGUGUGUCAGCUCUGCAUGUGAGCACGUGGUGGUGCUAGGAAGUGAUUGCCUGGAGCAUGCAGCUCAUUUGGUCACAGUCAGCUCACUUAAGCUCGUUGACAAGCUCUUGCCAUUGCAAUUCGAAGGGAAAGGUCGUGCAUGGAAGUACUUUUCAUCGCUUGCGACUUUCUCCAUCACCGUGCGGGAUUCAUCCAAAGACUUUUUCCAGAUGUGGUGUCAAGAACACGGAGAUUUGUCCGGUGUCAAGCACGCCAAAAGUCUUUGGCCGAAGUGCGUGGCAGGACGUUGGAAUUCCUGCAGCGACGUUGAGCGUCGAAUGCACGAUUCUGGUGGGCAGGCUACGGUUUUACCGGUGAUGCGACGACUCAUGGGAGCCAAGCGCGAGGCGGCGCCAGCUAAAGAACACCAGAGCAUCGACGAGAUUGCUGUAGAGGAGACUGCUCAUUACACCCAACAGAUGGACAGGUGGCGUGCCACCACCCUCAAAUGCGUGGAGGACCCGUUGUGGUGGACAGUAGCUGAAGCUAUGAGGAUGGCACGUUCGCCUGCACUGCACCUCUCGGUUCCUCGCGGCUUGCAGUCUGCAGCAUGCAUUGUGACAUUGUGUGGCUGUGUGGCUGUGGCAAUGCAAUGCUUAUAA